AUGACAGUAGAUGAGACCCUGGUACCUUUUAGAGGCAGGAUAAGUUUUCUUGUUUAUAAUCCCCAAAAACCUGCUAAGUAUGGUGUGAAAAUUAUGGUCAUGGCAGACGCUCAUAACGCGUACAUGCGUAUAUGUACACGAGAAAAGGCUCAGAUGGGUACACACUUUCUACCAACGAAAAAAAAACUAUUGAUUCCUACUCAGGCUGUAGUUCGCCUAGCAAAAGAUAUAUUCGAAAGCCAUAGGAACAUCACUUGUGAUAACUGGUUCGUCUCAGUGGAAUUGGCCCAAGUAUUGCUGAAAAACGGGUUGACGCUGGUAGGAACUAUGAAAAAAAAUAAACACCAAAUUCCCACCGAAUUUCAAACAAGCAAAGACAGAGAAAUACCUUCAAAUCUUUACGGAUAUACCAAAGACCUUACAUUGCUGUCUUUCGCUCCUAAGAAAAUGAAAGCAGUGGUGCUACUUUCAUCUAUGCAUCAUACUGCACAUACAGAUGAGGCGACAUGUAAACCUGAAAUAAUCAGUUCUUAUAAUGCCACAAAGGGUGGCGUUGAUACACUCGACUUCAAGUGUAGUAAUUACUGUGCCAACCGGAAAUCAAGAAGAUGGCCUCUUGUGGUUUUUUACCACUUACUUGCUGUGACCGGCUCAAAUGCCCAUAUCCUGCAUAAAAUGUUCAAAGAUAAUAAAGCAACCACUAGCUAUGAUUUUACUAGAGCAGUGGCAUAUGGUCUGAUUCUCAAACAACUGAACAACUGA